AUGACCGAUAGUAGCAUCAGUCAAAAUGGCGAGACCAAAGUUGCUUUCCAAAACAAGGAGAAUACGCUACAUGGUCUCACCACAGUUCCAACUUCCGUCACCCUGACCUCUGAACAGUUUGAAAGACUUUACCUGACCCCUAUGACGGUCCGACAGUCAUCAAUCGCAAAGAAAGUGGGGAAUCCAACACCUCUCGCAUUAGGAGGUUUCGUCAUUACUACAACCCCUCUCUCAUGCUGUUUAAUGGCAUGGAGAGGGGCGAGUGGAAAUGGAAUUGCCUUCAUAGGACCUAUCGUUUUCCUUGGUGGACUUCUAUUGCUCAUCACAAGCAUUCUCGAGUUCAUCAUUGGAAACACAUUCCCCUGUGUCGUGCGGGUUCUGGUUCGCAUUUGCAGCUACUAUGAUACCUUCUUUCAAUGCAGCUGUCAAGCUCCAUAUUCUUCAUCCGGUACUGAUACAGCUGCCGGUCUCGCCAGCGAGAGCUUCAUGAAUACAUACGCCUUCUUAUUCAUAACCAUGGCAGUCCUCAUGGUGAUAUUCAUGAUUUGCGCAACACGAAUCAACGUCGUUUAUACGCUGAUCUUCCUCUCUCUACUUUUGGUGUUCCUUUUCUUGUCAGCGGCAUAUUGGCAGCUGGGCCAGGCAAACUCAAUCGUUGGGAAUCGUUGUGUGAAGGGAGCCGGAGGUUCACUCUUCGUAGCAAGUCUUCUCGGGUUCUACCUACUGAUCGUUCAAUUGUUUGAGUCUAUCGGGUUCCCCUGUUUCUUGCCUGUCGGAGAUCUGGCGUCCGUAUGGGAGCGUGACCAACACAAGUGA